AUGAAAACUUAUCAUUUUAUUUUAUUAUUUCUUGGAACCGUAUUAUGUCAUGAUUUGAAUAUUGAAGAGCUUCGGUGAGUUUCAUUUUCUGAAUAUUGAUAUGUUAACAAUAAGGAUUUUCCAGGCUCGAAGCUUAUGAGAUGUUUAUGCACGGGUACAAUUCAUAUAUGAAUUAUGCGUUUCCAGCAGAUGAAUUGAUGCCGUUAUCAUGUAAAGGAAGAGUAAGAGGAGUUACUCCAUCAAGAGGAGAUGUUGAUGAUAGUCUUGGAAAGUGAGUUGUUAUUGUUUGUUUUCCUGUUUUCAGAGAAUUUAUAUACAUAAAUUAUUCCAGUUUUUCUUUGACAUUACUCGACACUCUUGAUACACUUGUCGUGAUGAAUGAGUUCGAUGAAUUUGAGAGAGCUGUAAAUCUAGUCAUUCAAAACGUGAGAUUUGAUUCUGAUCUGAUUGUUAGCGUUUUCGAAACAAAUAUAAGAGUCCUAGGUGGAUUAAUAUCAGGUAAGCUGGUUUUACAAGAAAAUGUGAGAAUAAUGUUGAAUUUUGCAGCUCAUAUAAUGGCGGAACAAGUGAAACUAAAAUUCCCAGAACGAUUGCAGAAUUAUAAUAAAGAUUUAUUAAAAAUGGCCAUCGAAGUUGGAAAUAGGUUACUUCCAGCGUUCAAUACAACAUCAGGCCUACCAUACAGUCGGGUUAGUUAUUUUCUCAUUCAAUCUAUUUUUAUGACGACUACAGACAACCAAUGUUGCAUUUUUUCAGAUAAAUCUAAAAUUCGGAAUGCUCGAACAUUUGAAACGGCAAAAAGAUACCUGCACAGCAUGUGGUGGAACAAUGUUAUUAGAAAUGGCAGCACUUUCGAGAUUAUCUGGUGAUCCUAUUUAUGAGAAAAAAGCAAGAAAAGCUAUGGAUUUUCUAUGGCAACAAAGACACAGAUCGUCUGAUUUGAUGGGAACUGUUUUGAAUGUUCAUUCUGGUGAUUGGGUGCGACGAGAAAGUGGAAUUGGUGCUGGAAUCGAUUCGUAUUAUGAAUAUUGUUUGAAAGCGUAUAUUUUGUUGGGAGAUAUCAAUUAUUUGGAGAGAUUCAAUAAGGUAAUUUUUUGAAGGGUUUUAGUUCAAAAUCUAUAAUUCUGUAAUUUUUCUGAAUUUGACUUGAUAGUCGCUUUUCUGAAAUUUAAAAAUUUUUUUAAAAGAAAAAUUGCCUGGUAUUUUUACUUGAUUAUUGGAUUUUUUAUCCAACAAACCUUACAUUUCUUCAACUAACUUUACCUUUUCAGCAUUAUGAUGCAAUCAUGCGAUAUGUUAACAAGGGACCAUUAUUUGUUGAUGUUCAUAUGCAUCGACCAACUGUUUCAACGCGAGGAUAUAUGGAUUCACUUCUAGCAUUUUGGCCAGGUCUUCAAGUUUUGAAAGGAGAUGUGAAAGAGGCUAUUGAAAUGCAUGAAAUGCUCUUCCAAGUCAUUCAAAGGCACAAAUUCCUUCCUGAAGCCUUCACACACGAUUUUCAAGUUCAUUGGGCUGAACAUCCAUUGAGGCCAGAAUUCGUUGAAAGCACCUAUUUCUUAUAUCGAGCUACCAAAGAUCCACAUUAUUUAGAAGUUGCCAAGCAGGUUCGUUUUAAAUUGACAAAAAAAAUGAAACAAAAUAAUAUGAUUUUCAGAUGAUGGAUAGUAUCAAUGAAUAUGUUCGAGUACCUUGUGGAUUUGCAUCACUGAAAGAUGUUCGAACAAUGAGUAAAGAAGAUCAGAUGGAAUCAUUUGUGUUAUCUGAGACUUUCAAAUAUUUAUACAUGAUAUUUACUGAUCCAAAAGAUUUGAUUUUCGAUCCUGAUCACUUUGUAUUGACGACAGAAGCGCAUUUCUUGCCAUUGAGUAUGGGAAGAACUCCAGAUGUUGAUGUAAGUUUAUGAAGCUUUAUUUAUCAGGCAGCUUUUGAGUGGGUUCCGAGAAAAUAGAACACCCGUGAAUUGUACGCUGUCGAUUUUUUUCAAACUCAAUUCAAAAUAAAACCCUAUUUGUCUGGACUUAUUCAAACACACAUAAAACUCACACCAGUACCAUUCUCAUAUAUUCUAUUUCAGAUUCCGAGAAAAAUGAUCCUCCGAUCGGAUGAAAAGCAAAACAAAAAUUUCGUUUGCGCAAAUCCAAUUGAUUUCACAAAAUUGCCAACAGAACGAGAAGAAGCUCAAUUGAUUCGUGAGAGAACAAAAAUGAUGUUGGGAGAGUUGAAAAAUUUACAAAAUGGACAAACAGUAUCAACACCAGUUUGUGAAUCACCGUAAGUUGGAUUUUCUUUUGAAACGCUGAAAAACUAUCUGAAUUUAUUUUCAGAACUGAGCGAUUGAGAGCUUGGGCAUUCUCCUCAUCAAAUCAAAAUCACAUUAAAGAUAUAGCAAGAAUGGGUAUUGAAUUAGUAAAACUAUCGGAUGGUCGAAUGCAUUUGAGUCACAAUCCAGCAAAUGUAAGUUAUCUUAUUGUUUUGAUAUUAUUAUUAUUAUUAUUAUUUAUAUUUGAAAACAUAUGUAUGUCUGCGUGCUUCGGGUUUUCAAUGAUACUAUUAUUUCCACGCAACACGCAAACUAACUUGCACAACUUUCAGUUUUCAUAAUUUAUUAUAUUUUUUCAAAUACAACCAUAUCAAAAGCAAAAAUAGAAAUAAUUUGCGUGUUGCAGGGUGGUAAAGUAUCGUGUGAAUUGCCGGAGCAAACAUAUUGUUGGGAUGAUCCACGCACAGAAAACGCUCGAAAAAUGACAUCGCGACAAAUUCAAAUCGAUCAAAUGAUGUUCCUUCUUGAACUAUUGUUCUAUGUUUUUGCAUAUGCUUUUGUAGGAUCAGCUAUUUAUUUUUGUCUAGUUUAUGCGUAUUUUGCAUAUAAGCAACGAAAACAAAACACUUCGAAUUGAAUACUAAUUAGGUUACUAUACUUUUUUCUAUUUUUUAUUUAUUUUUCUUAUAUCUAGUUCAUGGGUUAAUUUUGGUUCAUCUUUUCAAAACGGGUUAUUUUAUUAAGAUCACUUGCCAAAAAUUGUGCACUUCUUUGAUAAUUUCUUCUAGCUGUCAUCAUUUUUUUCUGAAAAAAAACCUCAAAUAAAUUUGUUCAAUUAACUUUCAAGAAAUAACUGAAUUCAGGCAGCCAGUGUUGAAAUGGCAAGAUGGGGUGAUGAAUUUAUGAAAGAGAUGAUUCAAGUGGUUUCAGCAAUGGAGAAACAAGAUGGUCAGUUCAUUUUUUGAGGAUUUAUAUUGAAAUUAAAUUUCACUAACUUUUUUCAGGAGAUGGGAUGAAUCGAAUAGAUUGUUAUGUGCAACUCAUGAGUUAUCCUUACUUGGGAAUUCCUAUUUUCAACGCUUCGCCCGCUCAAUUCGGUCAACAACUUGAUGAAACUCCUGUGGUUGCAAAAAUCGUGAAAGCUAUACCCUUCAAAGCCUGUAAUGACAUCCUGAAUUUCAAUGAUAUGAAGGGAAAGAUUGCUUUGGUUGAAAGAUCUGGAUGUAUGUUCCAAGAAAAAGCUCGAAUGGUACAAUUGGCUGGAGCGGUUGGAAUGAUUGUGAUCGAUAAUGUUAUCGAAUCUCAAUAUUUCGAUGGAAAGCCAUUAUUUGCUAUGGCCGGCGACAAAGAUGCUCCCGAUGAUAUUGCUAUUCCGUGUGUUUUUGUUUAUAAUAUUGAAGGAAGAGCUAUUCUGAGAUCAUUGAACAACAAUAGAAACGUUAUCAUUCAAAUAACCAAAUAUGUAACAACAACAGGUAGGUCCGGUUUACUUGAAAAAUUCAUUGAUUGAAAAUCAUUUUAAGUAAGAAACAUUUUUAAAUUUACAACGGUAUUUCAAAAUUUAUACUGAUAUGUUUUGAUGAAAAUUUCGAUAUUCAGAUCACAUUGUUGGUGAUUUCCUGCGCAGUGGUGAAAAUAUUGCGAUUCCGGAUUACACGGUAUUUAUUCUUUCAAAAUAUUUUCAAUCAUCAGUUUUUUUUAGCAAUGUCCUUUGAGCGAUGGAAAUAUAUUGAAUUUUGACCAAACUUCUUCAUCAAUUAUUUUCAAUGUUCGUCUCGAUGGUAUUGAUCAAACAAGUCCGAGUGAUCUAAAAGAUCAAAUUAUUGAGAAACAUAUCGCGGAACUCAAAACAUUUGUUUCAUUUGAAAAAGUAUCAGCCGAGCAAGUGUUUUAUGAUUUCUUUAGGACUGCCCUUUUAUCAACAUUUGGAGAAAAUACACAAAAGCUACAAUUAAUUAAUGUUCUCUUAUCAAUGGAAACGAUGAAAGUUCAAAGCCAACAUUCAACAAUAAAUGAAAGAUUGCCAGGGCCAAUUACAAAGGUAAAUAUUAAUAGAAUAAGAGUGAUCUAUUAAUUGAAUUGUUAUAGAUCCGAUGCAUACCAAAAGAUGAAACCGAACUAGUCUGCUCACGCCUUUCACUCAUCUAA